CCGCUGAGCGCCUUCCCAGGGCUGGAGAAGUUUGAGGGCUCAUACCUGCACAGCCGGGACUACAAGAGCCCACAGUCCUUUCUGGGGAAACGCGUGGUCGUGGUCGGCGCUGGGAAUUCAGGCAUUGACAUCGCAGUGGAGCUGAGCCACACAGCCAAGCAGGUCUUUCUCAGCACCAAGCGUGGGACCUGGGUGAUGUACCGGGUGGCGGCUGGGGGGGACCCCUUUGACUUCACCCACAUCAACCGCUUCGUGCAGCUCCUCCGCAACCUGCUGCCCCCAAACAUCAGCAGCUUUAUCCUGGAAAGGAAGCUGAAUGCCCGCUUCAACCAUGCACUCUAUGGCCUCCAGCCCCAGCACCGGGUCUUUGACCAGCACCCAACCAUCAACGAUGACCUGCCCAACUGCAUCAUUUCGGGCAGGGUGCUGGUGAAGCCAAACGUCCAGGAGUUCACAGAGACAUCUGCCAUCUUCGAGGACGGCACCAGGGAAGACAUCGAUGCAGUGGUCUUUGCCACGGGAUACAGCUUCUCCUUCCCCUUCCUUGAGGGCUGUGUGAAGGUGGUGGAGAACCAGAUCCCCCUCUACAAAUUCAUGUUCCCCCCCGACCUGGAGAAGCCAACUCUGGCUUUCAUUGGCCUCGUCCAGCCCCUGGGCGCCAUCAUGCCUGUCUCCGAGCUCCAGUGUCGCUGGGCUACCC